GCUCCGGAGGGAAGUCCCGAGACAAAGGGACGCGCCGCCGCCGCCGCUCGGCCCCCGCUUGUCCGCCUCGCUCGCCGGGCCGCGGCCGCCCGAGCCCGUGUGCCCUGGGAGCUCCUGAGGAGCCCGGCGAGCCUGUCCUCACCGCCCCGUGUGCUCCAGGUUUUGGACCAUGUCAGGCAUUGCCCUCAGCAGACUUGCCCAGGAGAGGAAGGCGUGGAGGAAAGACCACCCCUUUGGUUUUGUGGCCGUCCCGACCAAGAACCCCGACGGCACCAUGAACCUCAUGAACUGGGAGUGCGCCAUCCCCGGGAAGAAGGGGACUCCGUGGGAGGGAGGCCUGUUCAAGCUGCGGAUGCUCUUCAAGGACGACUACCCCUCCUCGCCCCCGAAAUGUAAAUUCGAGCCGCCGCUGUUCCACCCUAACGUGUACCCCUCGGGCACGGUGUGCCUGUCCAUCCUGGAGGAGGACAAGGACUGGAGGCCGGCUAUCACAAUCAAACAGAUCUUGUUAGGAAUACAGGAGCUGCUAAAUGAACCAAAUAUCCAGGACCCAGCCCAAGCAGAGGCCUACACGAUUUACUGCCAAAACAGAGUGGAGUAUGAGAAGAGGGUUCGAGCACAGGCCAAGAAGUUUGCACCCUCAUAAACAGCCCCGGAUUAAGGAGAAGGAAGGGAUUGGUUUGGCAAGAACUUGUUUACAACACUUUGCAAAUCUGAGGUUGCUCCGUACAGCGCUAGUCACCUAGGGGAGGGUGGGUGGGCGCCAUGUCCAUUGCCGCCACUGGCACCCAGUGCUCCGUCGCCGGCAGCCCCCGUUUCAUACAGGGUCUCUUCCUCCCGUCUUUUGUAUUUUUGAUUGUUAUGUAAAACUCGCUUUUAUUUUAAUAUUGAUGUCAGUAUUUCAACUGCUGUAAAAUUAUAAACUUUUAUACUCGGGUCAGUCCCCUAGGCGCUAGCCCCCCGCUCUCGGAUGCAGGCAUGCCCACGCUCGCGCUCCGCAGCCUCCAGCUGGCCCGGCCGGCGGCGUCCCCACGCACCACUUUCCUCGUGUCCAUGGGCGUGUCGUCUGUGUCGCUGUUAGUCAAUAAACUGUUUCUAUGA